AUGAGUAAAAAAGAGGGAGAUAGCCUUGACGCUUUGUGUUUCCCCAAUGCAGAAGAUUAUCAAAAUGACUUUGAUACUGCAAAUUAAGUUCUAUUGGGAUCAGGAUCAUAUGGAUAGGUGUAUAAAAUGACAUUUAAAUUGAAUCCUUCAUAAUGUUGUGCAGUCAAAAUAGUUUAGUGCAUCAAGUAAUGAUCUCUCCUCUACUUCUAGCAAAAAAUCAUACGAUUAAGCCUUAAAAGAAGUUUAAAUGAAUAGACAAAUUAAUAUUCAUCCAAAUAUUAUUUAUUUUGACAAAAUCUAUGCUUGGUCAGAAACGAUCCCAGUUUAAAAAUAUUUCUUAGUCUUUCAAAUGAAAUUGGCUAAAGGGAGUCUGAAAGAUUUAAAAGACGAUGAAAUUAAAGCAAGUCGUAAGACUUUUAAUGGUAUUUAUGCAUCAAAAAUUUGUAGAAAUAAGUUUCUUGAACAUUGUCAAUCAAUUAUUACAGGCUUUUCUCUUUUUGUAACAAAAAGAAUUGUACCAUCGUGAUAUUAAACCAGAGAACAUCCUAUAUGAUAAAGAGAAUGAUAAAAUUAUAGCAAGAAUUGCAGAUUUUGGGGUUAGCAAAGCUUUAGAGCACUUUAAAACCAAUUUUAAGAACACUCUAGUAGGCACUCCACUUUACUUAUCGCCCAAACUAUGGGAAGCUUACAUCAAUGGGCAAUACAAUGAUGUUAAGUAAAAAUUUACAAUAUCUCACAAGACAUAAUCUAGAGAAAUCGGAUGUAUUUUCCUUAGGUGUUACUCUCAUACAGACUUAUUUGUUGUUACAAGAUCAAGACAUUGCUGGUUUAAAUGACUAAAAAUAGAACAAAGUCCCCAAUCUAUUGCAGCAAAUUUAUCAUGAUAAAAUCAAGGAAUUGUUGACAGGAAUGUUAAAUUAUGAUGAGAAAUCCAGAUUUACCUGGUAAUAGGCUAUAAACUGUCUUACUGGAAUAGAUAAAAUUAAUGGCAGUCUGGAGUAAAAUCAAGGAGGAAGUCUCUAAAAUAGAGAAAAACACUAUGCUUUACACAUACCUUAUGAAAAGACGAUUACGAAUAAAUCAUAAUCAAUAAAAUUGAGAAAAAUAAAUUAAAUCUACUGUCUAGAAUUGAAUGAGAUUACAAAAGGACAAAUUGCAGAUGAUCAGGGGAUUAUUGUUUUUAGUGAAAAUUAUUUAAUUCAAAUCAAUUUCGAGGGAUAGAUUUUACAUAAAAAAUAAAUCUAAAGUAAAAUAUUAAUAUUUAAUAAAUUUAGAUUUAAAAAGCAUAUGUUUGACUGAAUAACCAAAAAAAAUCAUCGGAUUAUUUGAAAAUAACACAAUCCAAGUUUUGGAUGAUGAGAUGUGUUAACCAUUUAGUCUACCUUCUGCAUCAUAAUAAAUUAAUGUAAUCUGUUAGAUGAGAGAGGCCAACAUUCUAAUUGGUCUCGGAAAUGGAGAGGUGUAGGUUUUACAAUUCGAUAAAACAUUUAAAGUAUUAAACACAUUAAAGGAUCAUACAGCAUAGAUUAAUCUCAUUUAUUUUGAUAAACUCAAUCAGUUAUUGAUAACAUCUGAUUGUUCUAGAAUACUAAGUGUCAGAUUUUUGUUUAACAAAAAAUUGUAUUUAUUUCUUAUUUAAUUAUUAGUUCUUACUUAAAAUUAGAUUAUGUUGCAUAGCAUGUAGAAUUAUUAAAUGACACUUAAAUUGUAGUCAAUGGAUAAAAAUUAAAUGAAAUUUUAAUCUUGAAUAUCUCUCAUUUGUAAAAAGAACCUGGAAUGAAACUUGAAAUUAAAUAAACCUUAUCUCUACAAACUGGAUGUGUAUUAUCCCUAAUUAAUUUAAGUGAAAAAUGCUUAUUUGUAUCAACUGAGAAAGAAAUAAUAAUUUAUGAUUUAUAAUCAAUUUAAUAAGAUUCAGGACAUCUAUUCAAUAAUGAAAUGCAGUAAACAUUCUAUUAUUGUAAUUGGAUAAGAAGUAAUGGAUAUUUGAUAACCAAUGAUGGAUAAAGAAUAAUGAAAUGGGAGAUUGACUACGAAAAAAACUAGCUAUUUGGAACAAAUAGAAUUGUAAAGACUUAAACCAAGAAAUGCUGUUGUUGUGAAAGUUGCUCCAUUAUGUGA